AUGAUCCUCGCAGUAUUGUAUGUCCUUCUGCCUCUUUUAGAUGUGUUGUCUUACGCCGAGGAGAACCUGCGUGCUGGGGCCACCCGGCUGGACUGUGUGAGAGCCAAUGAGCAGUGCCUGAAGGAGCAGGGGUGCAGCACCAAGUACCGCACGAUGAGGCAGUGCGCGACCGGCGGCAAGGAGAGCAACUCCAGCAUGGUGGCCGGCCUGGAGGCCAAGGACGAGUGCAGGAGCGCCAUGGACGCGCUCAAGCAGAGCCCGCUGUACAACUGCCGGUGUAAAAGGGGCAUGAAGAAAGAGAAGAACUGCCUGCGCAUUUACUGGGGGAUCUAUCAGGCGUUGCAAGGUAACGAUUUCUUGGAAGAUUCUCCAUAUGAACCCGUGAACAGCCGUCUAUCUGACAUUUUCCGCCUGGCUCCCAUCAUAGGUGAACCCGCGGUGGCCAGAGAGAACAACUGUCUGAAUGCCGCCAAGGCCUGCAACCUGAAUGACACGUGUAAGAAGUACCGCUCAUCCUACAUCAGCCCCUGCACCAGCCGCGUCUCCACCGCCGAAGUCUGCAAUAAGAGGAAGUGUCACAAGGCCCUGCGGCAGUUCUUUGACAAGGUUCCACCCAAGCACAGCUACGGCAUGCUGUUCUGCUCGUGUCCCCUCAUCGACCAGACGGCGUGCUCUGAACGCAGGCGUCAGACCAUCGUCCCCGUCUGCUCGUACGAGGAAAAACAGAAACCCAACUGUCUGGAACUGCAGGCCUCCUGCAAGACCAACUACAUCUGCAGGUCACGACUGGCAGACUUCUUUGUCAACUGCCAGCCGGAGCCUCGCUCGCUGUCGGGCUGUCUGAAGGAGAACUACGCAGACUGCCUCCUCGCGUACUCGGGUCUGAUUGGUACGGUGAUGACUCCAAACUACCUGCGCUCGCCCAAAAUCAGUGUGUCUCCCUACUGCGACUGCAGCAACAGUGGCAACAACAAGGACGAGUGCGACAAGUUCACCGAGUUUUUCACCGAGAACACCUGCCUCCGUAAUGCCAUCCAGGCCUUUGGGAACGGAACAGAUGUGGGAGUGUGGCAGCCGAUGUCCCCCGUCCAGACCACCACCUCCACCACCACCCCCUACCAGAGGAACCGCGAACGCAACCCCAACACCAUUGACAACCACAUCAACACAGACCCCGGCAUCUACCACUUCUGUGGCAGCCUGCAGGCUCAGAAAUUGAAGUCAAACUCAACUGUUGAUGGUGUCUUCUGCGUGGAUCCUCAGAUAGACGGUCCAAGUACAUCCAACGCCAUCCUGAGAAACUCGGCUGUCUCCAGACGGCCCGCGGGCCUGGCCUCUCUGCUGCCCCCGCUGCUCUGGCUGUGGUACUGCAGCCUGCCGGCGCCUUCCUCGCCGGGCGACUUGUAG